AUGGCUGAGUGCGAUAUGAAAUCCAUGAAGAUGGAAAACACCAAGCUUGAAGGGGCGGGGGAGCAACUUUCUGGCAAAUACAUUGAAACGGCAAGCAGAGACAAAGCCUUGAAUUUGCUUGCCAAUCGCCAUGCUCCUUUUGACCCCAACUCAGCAGAGGCGAUACGGGUCAGAUGGAAGAUCGACAUGCGAAUUAUGCCGAUGAUCUUCGUCAUAUACUGCCUUCAACUCAUGGAUAAAAAUAGUCUGUCAUUUGCUGCGAUUAUGGGUAUCAAAGAAGACACCAAUCUCUCAUCUGCACAGUAUUCCUGGCUCGGAUCACUUGUUUACUUUGGGUAUCUCGGGGGUGACAUCCCGGCAACAUAUCUCAUGCAACGGUUCAACCUGUCGAAAUAUCUCGCUAUUAUGUGUAUGAUAUGGGGAGUUAUUGUUGCGCUGCAUGCAGUCUGUCAUGAUUUUGCCAGUCUAGCUGCAUUACGAUUCUUUCUAGGUGCUAUUGAAGUCUCAACAGUACCUGUGGCUAUCUACAUCACUGGCGCUUUCUAUACAAAGGAAGAACAGCUCACACGAGUCGCACUGUGGUACACUACAUCCGGAUGGGCAGCUGUCUUCGGUGGCUUCCUUGCCUGGUGUAUGUAUCAUGCUAGCAACUUCCGCUGGCAAGGUCUCUUCAUUUUGUAUGGAGCCAUGACAUUUUUGACCGGGGUUCUCCUGUUUAUUUUUCUUGCCGCGUCUCCGACAGAUGCUAAGUGGCUGACCGAAGAAGAAAAGAUCAUUGCCCUCGAACGCGUUCGAGAAAAUAAAACAGGUACCGAAGUGUGGAAAUUCAGCUGGCCUCAGCUUCGAGAGGCGCUGCUUGACGUUCGGCUAUACCUGCUAUUUUUCAUGUUGGUCUCGACUGGAAUGCCUAACGGUGGCUUGACUGCCUUCGGCCCAACUAUUGUGGAUGGCUUUGGCUAUGAUGUGCCUACCACCCAGCUUUUGAAUAUGGGCUCCGGUGCGGCUCAAGUCGUUGGAACCUUCCUUGCUCUUUUCCUUGCCAAAUGGACCAAUCGUACCUUUGCUGGUAUAUGCACACUUCUUCUUGCCUGUAUCGGCUGCUCUAUGAUGCUUGGGAUUCCGAGCGAGAAUAAUAAUGCUCGGUAUGGUGGAUAUGUCCUGGUAUAUCAAUUUCCAAUCUGCAUUCUUUUCAUUAUCACGUUCUUAACCGCAGGUGUGGCUGGCUCGACCAAAAAGUUCGCUUUCGGCUGUGUCUAUCAAUUGGGAUAUGCUGUUGGCAACAUCAUUGGCCCCCAAACCUACAGGGCCCAUGAUGCACCAAAUUACUAUACGGCAAAAUAUACUAUGCUUGCGUUUUUUAUUAUCACCGCGGUUUUGAUUGGAAUUUACGGCUGGAUUCAUCACACCUGGAACCAAAAGAGAGAGAAGGAAAUUUCCUCUCAGCCACGAGACCCGGCCGAUGCUACGGAGAACGAAGAGUUUGCCGACUUCACUGACUUCCAGUUGAAGUCCUUCCGGUAUCCGAUUUAA